AACUCAACGUUUUGUACUUAUUUUCUAUUUUUCCCUUUUUUUUUCUCCACCUCUUCUCCUUGGAUUCUUUCUCCUUUCCCGUCUCCUGGAGCCCCAGACCAUGGUGCUUCCGAUCGAUCCGCCACCGGAGUAGGGGCCGCCGGGAAAUGGCGGGAUCGCGGCAGAAAUCUGGAACCGCCGAUCUCUUCUCAUCGCCGGUCAGGGUUUCGGCAGCUUCGUCCCCUCCUCUCCCGCCGUACUCUUCUACACCUCCACUGAUUCUCGCUAACUCGACGGCGGCGACGACGACGACGGAGUGAUCGAUUGGAUUCCGGACAGGGCGUCUGGUCUCUGGCGUUGUUCCGGCGGGAGCUCCGGCCAUGGCUGCCGGGGGGAAGGGGAAUGUGGAGAGGGUCCGGAGAGGGCUCCGGACGGCCUUCUUCAUGUUGAUAAUGGUGGCGUCGCUGCUGGUUUCGUCGGCGCCGGUGCUUGUAGCCGCCGGGGACGUGACGGUGUCGCUGGCGCUGGCGUCGAGAUUCGCGUGCGCGAGGUGCUACAGCGUGAGGGGCCACCUCGAGAGAUACGGCUUCAAGAGCUCGCUGAUGGAUAUACCUCUUGUUUCCAUCGUCCGAUCUCUUGUGAUCACAUGUGUUUAUUCUUUGUGUGAUAGUCCUGGGCUUUCUUAUGGUCCAUAUCUUGGAACAGUAACGCUCUGUUCCUUUGCUUCGGUGCUGAUCCUGUCAGUUAAGGCUUGUGUUUUCACUCCUCUCUCUGAAUUAGAACCAGAAUCUUCGCGCUUAUUGGCGAGAGAGAGACCGCAUUUAAGAACAUCUUGGGGGAUGCCUGUUCUUUUCGUUUCUUCGUUGGUAUUUGCGCUUGGUCAUGUUGUAAUUGCUUACAGGACAAGCUGCAGAGCACGGAGGAAGCUCUUGUUUCACUGUUUAGAUCCAGAAGCAGUGCUCACAUGCAAGAAUGUCUUUUCUGGAUGCCAUAAGGUCCCUCGAUCUCCGACACCCUGUGGAAGAAGUUCAAAGAGUGACAGUGAAACGAAAAGAAAAACAAUAGUGCAUGAUGAGGGUGACCUUCCAAUCAGUUUUCUUGCAGAUACUGAUAGCUUAUUCAUUCCCUGCCAUGGGCUUACAGUUCAUUAUAAGCUCAGCUUGUCUGACUCAACAUGCUCUCAUUCUUUAGCCUCCUCAACCUUUUGGGAAUCUAGUCCUGAUGCGAGCCCACUAAGCCUUUCCUCUGCAAAGCUUAAACUUGAAUGGCCUUUGACAAUUCCAUCUAAAAGCCACUAUCAUCUUAACAGAAGCUUCAGUAACCAAUUCCAAAAUUCGUCUCUGUAUGCACCACUGUUAGCAGAAUCUGCAACUCCACCUCCAUUCUAUUCAGAUGAAAUUCCUUCUCUGAGUCUUGAUGAUGGCAAAAGUGAUGGAUAUUCAUCUAGCUCUGUUACUCUGGGAACCUGCCUAGAGGAUAGUGGGAAGCUUGCUGUUGUCUUGGUACACGGGUUUGGGGGAGGGGUGUUCUCAUGGAGGCAUGUGAUGAGUGUGUUGGCUCAGCAGAUUGCCUGCACUGUUGUGGCUUUUGAUCGGCCUGGGUGGGGAUUAACAUCUCGCCCGCGCAGGAAGGAUUGGGAAGGCAAGCAAUUUCCAAACCCAUACAUGCUAGAAUCCCAGGUUGACCUCCUUAUUUCUUUCUGCUUAGAGAUGGGUUUUUUGUCUGUGGUUUUGGUUGGACAUGAUGAUGGAGGCCUUCUUGCUUUGAAGGCUGCAGAGAAAAUCCAUGCCUCUGGUCAAUCUUCCAGUAUGGAAGUCAUGGGUGUGGUACUUGUUAGUGUCAGCUUAACAAGAGAAGUUGUUCCUGCCUUUGCUCGAAUUCUCUUGCAUACUUCACUGGGGAAGAAGCACAUGGUCUGUCCUUUGCUGCGUACUGAAAUUACACAAGUCAUCAAUCGCCAUGCAUGGUAUGAUGCUACCAAGCUAACAACUGAAGUUUUGAGCCUCUAUAAGGCCCCAUUAUUUGUGGAAGGUUGGGAGGAAGCACUACAUGAGAUAGGACGUCUGUCAUUUGCGACAGUUCUUUCCCCACAAAAUGCAGCAACAUUGCUGAAAUCAGUAGAAGACCUUCCUGUUUUGGUGGUAGCAGGUGCUGAGGAUGCACUUGUUUCUCUUAAAUCAGCUCAAACCAUGGCUUCACAGCUUGCAAAUUCGAGGCUCGUCGCGAUAUCAGGGUGUGGGCAUCUGCCACAUGAGGAGUGCCCAAAAGCACUACUUGCGGCUCUUGUACCUUUUAUUACUAGAUUGCUGCCAUCAGCAGGCACCUUGCAAGAGUAGUAGCAUAUUUUAUUUAUUUACACAUUUAUUUCUUGUUUUUGUUUUCCUUCACAUGGGAAGGACUAGAGCUCUAACCUAUUUCUGUGGGGGGGGGGGGGCGGUGCUGUCUAGUUUUAGGAGCCAGACCCAAUAUUCAGGGUUACCAGAGCUCCCUUUUUUUUUUUGUCAUUAUCUGCUUGUAUAAUCUUUUUCUGGAAUGGGUAAUUGUGAUUUCCAUGAAUCAAAUAGAUUUGUACAGUUUGUGGGGUUAAAACCAA